CUUUCUCUUCCUCAACAGAUAGCCCGGUAUACUUUCACUUUGACGGCUACUUUUACUUUUAUAUUCUAGUAGGAUAUAUCUACGCCUUGAAUUAGACAGCGAAAUUUAGAAAACGCUUUGCUGCUGAACAAAAAAUGCGUACCCUAGUCUUUCUGCAUGCCUUUGCACUAGUUUGCGUACACAGCAGGAUUAUGAAGGAUGUUGAAAAUACAAGGUCGAUAUGCGGCGAGGAUUCGGUUCUGAGAUGUAAAGCAAAUUCUGUACCUGGGGUCAAGUACCGGUCAGUGAGGUGGUACAAGCUGGGUGAGGAGCCCUCUAAUAAGGAGUCUGGUCUAUUGAUGAAGAGGCUAUCACCUAACAGCACCACACUAUGGUACGCAGGCCUGGAACGUAAAGUGGAACUUUUGGCUGAUGAUUCUUUCGAUAUCUUCCUGCCCAAUGUAACGGCUGUUGAUAGCGGGAGGUACAAGUGUCUCCUGGCAGCACCUGUAGGAGAGCAGAACCAGGAGGGGCAGGUUCACCUCAGAGUGACAGGUUGCCUUUACAAUAAGUCCACAGACCAAUCAGAAAGCAAUACCAUCCUAGUUCUUUCCAUUGUGGGGCUUGUGGCAGCAUUGCUGAUAUUCACCAUCAGCUAUGUAACCGUUAUGAAUAUGUUACCACCAAGGAUCAAGAAGAAUCCACAAGAACAACUUCUAGAUGCACCCUUUGAGAAGAAGGAUUUCAUGUUGAUCUACACACUGGGGCCAAACUGGUCAGGACAGGCUUCCAAAUGAACAUGUCUGUGUGUGAGACCCUGUUCUGCUAGUUUGGGCUCAUUGUAUACUUGAAUGAGGAAAGGCAGAGAAAGAGUAGUGCACUUUUGAAGCUGAGCAAGGAGCCAAAGAGCUUACACAGAAUGAAAGUUAAAGUGAGAGCUUAGUCUUUAAAAUAAAAGAGAGACCACGGCUCCCCACCCAUUAUAGAAUCAUUAAGUUAGUAAGUGGUGGCUAAAAUAAGAGAGGUAAUUAUGACAAAAAAAUAAUAGGGUGUGUUUUGUUAGAAUGCAGUGAUAGUGUUCUAUUGUAAUUAAGGUAUAGCCAUGCAAUAUAUCAUAUUCUAUUGCAGUGACAGGUGUGAGCCCCUGGUUGUGAUGGAUCCCUGGGUGUGGACUAAGAUUGCAAAAUAAAUACAGCUUUGGUCUA